AUGGCAGACGUAGACUACCAGCCUUCGAAGCCUUCCUCGAAACUUUCGGGGGUUUCUCUGUACCCCGUGUAUGCGGUUGUUUAUGUCUUGGCUCUUUCGGCAAUCCUUGUGAUAGCCUUUUAUUAUAUGCUAACAGGAAAGGGAGCAAGAUUUGAUUUUGGAUGGUUUCUAGAAAGCACUUCUCCAUUUAUGUGGGCGAGUAUAGGUAUUGGCUUGUCAAUCUCCUUGUCAGUAGUCGGAGCUGCCUGGGGAAUAUUUACCACAGGAGUGAGCAUCCUCGGAGGCGGAGUUAAGGCCCCUCGUAUCAAAACAAAGAAUCUGAUCAGUAUCAUCUUCUGUGAGGCUGUUGCCAUCUAUGGUAUCAUCAUGGCUAUUGUCAUUGCUAACCAAUUAGGGACUUAUGACCCACUCACUGCAUCAGAAACUGUUAUAAGGGAUUCCCAUUAUGCAGGUUUCCAGAUGUUUGCUGCUGGCCUCACAGUAGGAUUAUCUAACAUUGCUUGUGGGAUCAGUGUUGGAAUUGUUGGAUCUGGUGCUGCUUUAGCCGAUGCCCAAAAUGCCAGUCUUUUUGUAAAGCUCCUAAUUAUAGAAAUCUUUGCCACUGCAAUUGGUCUCUUUGGAAUCAUUGUUGCUAUCUUGCAAAUCACAGGAGUGAAGAUGGGAACAGAUUAACUGCUGUCUCAGACCAUUAAUACAAUUAUAUUAUGUACGACCUAGGGAACACUACCUACUGGACAUAUUUGGAAAUAUUGCUGCUGCUAGCUCAGCUCCUUCUGAAGAUACGUCUGGAGAGGAAAAGAUGAGGAAUAGAUUCAAAUAAAGAAAGUGUAAAUGUGGUAGAUUUAUUCUAUUCUACUGAUGUCUCCAACAAUCCUUCUUGAAUGAUCAUAAUUCAAGCUUCAUUAAAAACCAUUUGUUUGUAGACAAAGAUCUUUUGGGCCAAAAACAUUAAUACAUUUUUAUGCAUUUCCAUGUUCUCUUUGGUUAAUUUGUUCAUUUUAAUAGUAAGUUGUUGAUGUUUCCAAAUAUAUCAAACAUCAGUUGUCUACAGUAAAGAUUGAUUUGUCUGAAAAUAAAGAAAAAAUCUGCUCACUGAACAUGCUGUAAGCUCAUCGCUUACAUACAAUUUCUGGCUCAAUGUCUGGAGCUGAACUUAUUGCAGGCUAAUUCAGAAGUGUUUGUAAUUCUACUAAACGUUAAUAGAAAUAGAUUGCCAAGGUAUUACCAGGCAUGGGCUUAUUAACGUAAGAAUACCAUUAGAGGACAAAUAUUGGUAAAAUAUGAAAUUUUAUGUAAAUGUUGUUGUUGUCAUCGGCUGGUUUUUGUGAGGGAAAUAAUACUUUGGAAACAAACAAAGAUGGAGGCACAAGUGCUGGACACACAAAAAACAUGUACCUGUACAUACUUUGUGAUUUGUGUUUCCAGCUUUUUGCAAUGGAAGAUACCGUAAUUUUACACAAGGUUGGCAAUGAAAGUAGCCUUGGAGUGAUUUUUGAACAUACUGAUAUAUUUGGGGUAAUAAGGUUCAACAGUGCAGUAUUCAUAAUCCAUGUCAAAACUUAAGAAAUCCUUGGGUACACAUUUUUAUCAUCAGUUGUAGAUUUAUAUUCAGAUAAAUAUUUAUCCAUAUAAUAUAUACAACUUACAUUGUAAUAUGCUUCAAACAUCAUGUCUCGAACAAUACAAACAUGUAUCAACAUGUGAAUGAUUAGUUUUAUAUCUACUGUGAUUUCCUUUUGUUAUCAAAUAUUCUCACUUCAUCAGUCUGUAAAUAUUGAUUUUCAUGGAAGUAGAGCUUAUUUUUAUUUCAUGCUUGAUUGAGCAGUAUGUACAUUGUAGUAUGUAACCAAGAAUGACUGAAAAUUACUGAUAAAUAAUCUGUGAAAUGAUUUAAAUUGCAUUACAUUAUAUUGCUAGUAAUGUGUACAGGGUAUAUAGAGUAAGUAGUAGUUACUUUAAAUCUGAUUCAUACAAUGAAUCUAUUUAAAUAUUUGUAAUAUUAAGAUACAGAGUACAGCAAUGCUACAGACAUUAAUUGUUGGCUUCUAAAAGGGCAAGUUAUUCUUCUUUUUAAUUGGAGUAUAUCUUCACUUUUGCCAUAACAAGUAAACAAGAAGUUUCAAGAAAUGUAUUCAAAGUGAAGUUUGUAGGGUACACAUUGGAUUAGUUAUUAUUGUCAAUAAAUGUAUUAAUGAUCAUUUUGAAAUUUUCAGCAAUUUGUUUUCCCAACAUUCCAUUCUUUUCCACAAUUCUUGAAAAUUGAUUUGAAUUCUUUGAUUAAGUAGAAUAAAAUGAAAUUUAAACGGUAAUUUGAUAUAAUGAAGUACUGUACAGUGUGUGUAAAUAUAGAAUAUUGAUAACAUGUUAAAAAUAAUGAAAACAAAAGUGAUGAUUUGCUCUUAAAGUGGGUUGAAAACUUUUCAUAUCUGAAAUCUAUGUUUCAUUCCAGUUGUACCUUGAACAAAGAGUGUUUUUGUCAUGAUUGGUUGUGUGAGAGGGAAUUAAGAAAUGUUUGUAUGGGGAUCAAAAGUUGUUUGUUAAAUAUUUAUCAUGAAAUAUGUGAUUAUUUGUGUUUUGUUACAUAGUAAUUAUGGUGCAUGGAAAAAAAGGUAAGGUGGUUGUCUCUGGUAGACAGAUUCUUUAAUAUCACAAUAUCUUUGUUAUAUAAAUGAUAAAAAGCAAUUGGUUCCCUUCUCUAACUUAUGUACUACUACAGUAUGAAAACAUUGAUAGUUUAAAAAAUACCAAUGAACAUUCUAAAAACAGUUUCCUGUACAUUUUGUUGCUGCUGUGUAAGAUUAUUUUUUUUUUUUUUGGAUAAUUAAUAAAUCAAAAACACACACUUGAGAUUGAAGAAAGUUGAAGAUCUUUUAAGGAAAUUAUCAUGCAAUCGUCAAAAUGAUGAAAUGUGAGGUGAAAUUGUAAGUAUAGUGAUUGAAAUGUGGUCAAAGAGUGAUGGUAAGAUUUUCUUUAAUGAAUCAUAACAUGGAAUAUCAUCUGAAUCAGAUAGCAGUAAGAUAUCAGAUACAAUUUAUAUGUGGUGCAGAAUGGUGUGAUAUUUACGUGUUGAUAUUUAUGUAAGGCCUGUGCAGUUGGAUCUGGUUCUCCGAGAGUGGUACAUUUUUGUUGAUGCUACAAAUGGUUAACAAGGUUAAAUUUGUAUUAUUGAUGUUUCCAUUUUAAUUCCACUAUAUAACAGAAGAAACAACAAACCUCAGCAUGAACUUUCAUAACCUGCCUUCCUCGGGCAUCAACACGUAUAAGAAAUAAGAAUUAAAGCAAUGAACAAUCUUGCUAUGGUAGGUAGACAUGAUCUAUUUUAACAUCCAUUACAUGUUUGACAACAAACCUGUCAUAACUUGGUGAAGUAUUUACUCAUUGAAAAGCGAAUCUAAAUAGAACUAAAAUGAAGUGUUUUUUUUUUAAUCUCUGUUGUACAAUGUGGUAAGCUAGAAAGUUACCUGUAAUCAUUGUAAGAGUUACCCCCCUUAGGACUGUAGUAGGUAUACAUACUAUGUAUCCUUAAAUGUUGUUGUUCCACUGAUUUGUGCUAUUUUGAUUAUCAUUUCGUGAUAGGUAAAAUUGAUUAAUGAGACAAAAGCAAUGUUAAUUUCAAAUCUAGUCAAAAUCAGUAGUUGGUUGAUAUAGAACGUGAUAAAGAGAAAAAUGUCGUGGUUUGUCAAAUGAGCCAUAAUCACUGAAGAGGGAAGCGAAAUGUUCUGUAUUGAUAUACAGUAGUUAUUAGUAUUUAGUGCAUAUGUUCUAUGUCAUUGAAUAAAUAUCAUAUAAAUA